AUCCACUCGUGGAAACGCCAACCGCCUCGGCCCUCAGCUUCAGUUGGUGUACAUUUCUUCCCCCGAUCCAACCUCUGAAUUUUCUGAUUUGACGGAAAAUUCGAGUCCGGCGCUGCAAGAUCCGAUUUGCCUCGUCAAAUCCGGCUAAAAAACCGACCAUGAUGCACAUGACUCUGUACUGGGGCACGCAGGUGACCCUCCUCUUCUCCUCCUGGAAGACCGAUUCAUGGCCGAGUUACGCCCUCACUUUACUCGCCUGCUUCCUCUUCUCCGUCUUCUACCAGAACAUGGAAGACCGGAGGCUCAGAUUCAAGACUCUCGCCUCCACCCCCGCCGCCGCGCCGCCCUCGCAAUCGGCUGCCACUUUUCUCCUAUUCAAACUCGGACGCGGCCGCACCCGCUGGGGCAACCCGUCAAGGAUCGCUGAGGCGGUUCUGUUCGGAGUGAACUCGGCGAUCGGAUACUUGCUUAUGCUGGCGAUCAUGUCGUUUAACGGAGGUGUGUUCGUGGCCAUUGUUUUGGGGCUUUCGGUUGGGUACUACUUGUUCAGGAACGGAGAUCAGGAAGAGGUGGUGGAGGUGGAGAACUCGUGUGCCUGUUCCUGAGAUCUUGAUCUCCGUUUGGAUUCCGAGAAAAAAAGGGAAGAAAAUUUACGAAUUUGUGUUAAUAUCAUAGGUUUUGGUUUUGUUUUGGCUCUGUUUGAAUUGCUCUUGAAGAAUGUCUGAAUCCGAAUUUUCCCUCUAUAUGUUGUCUGUGUUCUUGUAAAUGCAAUUCUUUCCUUUCUUAUCUUACAUUUUCUCACCAACCAAACAUGCUUUUGUGGUGAAGUAUAAGGACCUUUCCUAGGUUCACAUUCA